AUGGACAAUGUUCAGCAUCCCUCAACUGUCUUCACAGAUGAUGAGCCAUGGAUGAGGAAUAACGAGAACGUUGCGCGCUUGAUGUCGUUAUUCACGCAACGCCCGGCACCUUCUUUGAUUAACCCUCAAGAAAGAGGGUUGCCUUUGUGUUUAUUGAAUUCCUGCAGGGAUGUAGGGAACGAAGUAGGGACCCCACGCUCUAUAUCUGAGAAUUUUGUAUUGCCUUCGCUCAACACAGUGAGAAUUCUCAAUGCCGAUUCCAAACCGCGGGAGUUAGGCGGCGUUUGGCGAGGAAGGUACGGGGUGCGGCCCGUUAUGUACCUAAAGUUCUGCCGCAGCGCAGCAGAUGGCGGUGGGUGUUCGAGGUGUAGAUGCGAAAGUGAGUUACCGCUUUUAUCCCGCAGCAAUUCGGAGAGCUCUUCACCGUCUAAUGUGUCUUACAAGACCUCAAUUCCACACCCGUCGAGGCCUUUCGCGCCACAGCCGCUGAUUUCGUACGACCGCAGGGCUUGCAGGAAGACAACUGACGAAAACGCCGCUGAUGAUAAAGAGUCUCGCGUCAAGGGCACAUCGUGCGUGUAUUGCAGUGUAUGCUUUCGUCAAAUGAACACCACCAAAUCCGAAUUCACAGAACGGCCGAGGUAUUCUUCGCCUGGUGGAUGGAUAAUCUUUUUGGAGCGUGAUGAGUGCCUCGCUCGGGAGUGCAUCGUAGAGGAAUGGCUUGAGAUUCUUCUCAAGACGCCACUUCCAGCUCAUUUUGGUCACUCUCCUCCACCUAGAGGAGGCGAUCCCGAUCGAGGUGGAAAGCUAGAAAAUAGCGAGAGAAGCUUAGCACGACACCAAAGGUGUAGCGGUGUCUCCCAGGCACAUUUGAGGUACUACGCUCACCCAGCACUGUUAUUAGCGAUUGAACGUUUGUCGGUAAGGGAAUUUUUAGCUCGGAGGCGGCUGUUGGAUGAAGAGGAUGAAUGCUUUAGCAAACAUUACAAAACUUUAGGACAAUUCCUGCGAUGCGUGGCGCCAAAUGGCAGCACAACUCGUACAUACGGUUUUUUACGUGCUUGGAUUGCGAGGCAUCGUGCGCGAAAGGUAGUUCAUUUCAACCAGCAAGUGCAAUUAAAGGCCCGUGAGGAUGCGGCGCGACAGGAUCUCCUUAGCGAGCUUUGUUUGGAGCGUCAUCAGCUCUUUGAACGGUUAGUAGAGGCGAUGGAGAAGAUAGACCGCAUCAGCAUCCUGCGCAUGCAGUUGAUCACAUCGUAUUCGCACGGCGUCAUCGCUAUUCAGCUUGCAGAGCAGGUCGCGCGAUUUCCGGUUCUUUUUGGGUGCUUCAUGUCUUGCGCAGGGAAGCGCGCUCGCAUUAACGCGCACACCGCCUUCCAUAGAUUAAUCCUGCAAGAAGAGCACCACCGGCGCCUCAUCGAGCGAGAAGAGGAUCAAGAGCAGGACGUAUUUCUCACAAUAGACCAAGAAGAGCGCAUCACAAAACGGGGCGAACCAGCCGGGCGCAGAGCUAUUGAAGGGGAAGAAGAGGAAGAAUAUUGGAAGCUCGCGUGGCGGGUGUUUCUACUUGAAUUCUACUACACUUUUCGAGAUGUAGAGCAGUACGAGGCAGCGACGCGAGAUACCACAUUCAUCUGGGUGAAGAAAAUGCCAAUUGAAUCCCAGGAAUGA